ACCAUUACUUUUUAGUUCUUUUUUGGCGAGCUGUCAGCGUUUAUAGAACGUUUAGACGGCGGUUCGCCUUUUUAAUCCAAAGUAAUCUACUUGGGUUUAUUUAUUUUCAACUAGGUUGAAUAAUUACACUAUUAAAAAAUGCCGCCUAAGUUCGAUCCUAACGAAAUUAAAAUCGUUAACUUGAGAUGUAUCGGAGGAGAAGUAGGUGCCACAUCAUCUUUGGCUCCUAAAAUUGGUCCACUGGGUCUUUCCCCCAAGAAAGUUGGUGAUGACAUUGCAAAGGCAACUGGAGACUGGAAAGGUCUGAAGAUCACAGUCCAGCUUAUAGUACAGAACAGACAGGCCCAAAUAUCUGUUGUUCCGUCUGCAGCUGCCCUCAUCAUCAGAGCACUAAAAGAGCCACCACGUGACCGCAAGAAGCAAAAGAACAUUAAGCACAGUGGUAACAUCACAUUAGAAGAUGUUAUUGGUAUUGCAAAAAUCAUGAGGCCAAGGUCCAUGGCUCGUUACCUGUCAGGCACAGUGAAGGAAAUCCUUGGAACAGCCCAAUCUGUUGGCUGCACAGUAGAAGGCAGGCCCCCACAUGACCUGAUUAAUGACAUCAACAGUGGGGCUCUUACAAUUGAUGAAUAAAUAAUAGAGGACUUUUAA